CCCGCCCGCCGGAAGCGGCCCGUUCCCUCGGCGUCGCUUCCGCUGCCGCCGCCGCCGCCUGCGCGGGAUGUAGCGGCCGCGCGGCGGCAGCAGGACGCGGAGGGAGCUGCACCCGCCGGGCUCGGCCACCGGCACCGCCCCCAUGGCCUCCCGCAAAGCCUCCGCCGCCGGGCAGGGCAGCGGGCUGGCGGCCGCGGGCCGGGAGCGGGCGCGCCUGGAGCUGGCGGAGCUGGGGCCGCUCCUGGAGGAGAAGGGGGACGCGGGAACCGCCGGCCCGGCCAGCGCUGAAGACCCACCAUGCCCAGCAGCCCGUGAGGAGGAGGAGGAGGUGGUUCGUGUGCUGACCCUGCCUCUGCAGGCCCAUCAUGCCAUGGAGAAGAUGGAGGAGUUUGUGUAUAAGGUGUGGGAGGGCCGCUGGAGGGUGAUCCCCUACGAGGUGCUGCCCGACUGGCUGAAGGACAACGACUACCUGCUGCACGGGCACCGCCCGCCCAUGCCCUCCUUCCGCGCCUGCUUCCGCAGCAUCUUCCGCAUCCACACCGAGACCGGCAACAUCUGGACACACCUGCUGGGUUUUGUCCUGUUCCUCUGCCUGGGGAUCCUGACCAUGCUACGACCCAACAUGUACUUCAUGGCUCCUCUCCAGGAGAAGGUGGUGUUUGGGAUGUUCUUCCUGGGAGCAGUGCUGUGCCUCAGCUUCUCCUGGCUUUUCCACACUGUCUACUGUCACUCCGAGAAGGUCUCCAGGACUUUCUCAAAGUUGGAUUAUUCAGGAAUUGCACUGCUGAUCAUGGGGAGCUUUGUCCCGUGGCUCUACUACUCCUUCUACUGCUCCCCUCAGCCAAGACUCAUCUACCUCUCCAUUGUCUGUGUCCUGGGCAUCUCAGCCAUCAUCGUUGCCCAGUGGGACCGGUUUGCCACCCCCAAGCACAGGCAGACCAGAGCAGGUGUCUUCCUGGGGCUGGGGCUGAGCGGGGUGGUGCCCACCAUGCACUUCACCAUCGCCGAGGGCUUCGUCAAGGCCACCACGGUGGGGCAGAUGGGCUGGUUCUUCCUGAUGGCCGUGAUGUACAUCACGGGGGCGGGGCUCUACGCCGCCCGCAUCCCCGAGCGCUUCUUCCCGGGGAAAUUCGACAUCUGGUUUCAGUCCCAUCAGAUCUUCCAUGUGCUGGUGGUGGCUGCUGCCUUUGUCCACUUCUACGGGGUGUCCAACCUGCAGGAAUUCCGCUACGGCCUGGAAGGGGGGUGCACAGACGACUCUCUCCUCUGAGGGCACCUGAGUUUUAGUACAAGCUUCCUAAGUGCUUUUUAAACUCUUUUUUGUCUUUGCUACAAAAAAACAAACAAACGAACAAAAAAAAAAAAAUCAAACAACAACAACAACAAAAAUCAAAGGAAGACUCAAAAAACUGUUGGAGGGGGGGGGUUCGUUGGUUUUGUUGUGGUUUCGAAGAAAACGGAACAAAACACCCAACAAACCACCCCAAAAAAAUUCUUCAGUGAGAGUUGAUGACCAAAUUCUGACACCCCCCACCCCCCCACCCCAUGGUGCUGGGGACCCCUGUGCUCUCUUCUUCCAGACAGUGUUUUAGCAGCACCAGGGCCUCCCCCCCCCCCCCCAUUUCCAACAGCAAAAGGGGUGGAUUCCCUGUUCCCAGCACCCCCUGUUCCCAGCACCCCCUCUUCCCAGCACCCCCUGUUCCCAGCACCCCUCUUCCCAGCACCCCGUGUUCCCAGCACCUCCAUUCCCAGCACAUGCACUUCCAAGCCCCAGAGAGGAGUGUUUAUUUUGCAUAUCCCUGCAGCCUGGCUGGGGUGGGGGGACACACACACACAGAGCCCUUCAGCCCCCUCCCCUGGUGCUGCUGCCCAGGGCACAGAUUCAUGUAAUUUAAGUUUUCAUUGUCUUUUUGUUUUUUUUUGGUUUGUUUUCCUUGACAAAGUAAUGUAAACAGAAAUGAGAGAAUAUUUAAUAUUUAAUACUUAAGCUUUAAUUAAAGACUUGCUGCCACUGCAGUGUACCCAGACCCCCCCUGCCCUGUCUGUGGUGGUACAGGAGGGACAGUGUGUGAGGGGGAUGUAGAGCUGCUGUAGCUGAUUGAAAUAAAAUGGUCGAUAGUUCAGUGUC